AAAAAUAAAUAUUAUUAAAAAAGAAAACUAAAGUCAAAAAAAAAAACAAACAGUAUUAAAACAAAAUGUCAAGUGCUCAAGUGUCACAACCGCCAACAUUACAACAGUUACAACAGCAUCAACAACAACAACAGCAACAACAUAUAUCACAUUUUCUGAAUCAUAUAGCCGCUGCUCAGCAUCAGCAUCAUCAACAACAAUUACAACAACACAAUCUAUCACCACAACGCAGUGAUUAUCAAAAUGAUAAUACACGCUCAACAAUCUCGCCACGAUCACCAACACAUUCCAAUAGUCCAACUCAUUCGCCAAGUCCUUCACAUUCCACAACUAAUUCACCACGCAGUACGCAUAAUAGUACAAUAAGUCCACAACCAGAAACGCCAACACAAAUGUCGACUUCACUGCAACUAACAGCACCUAAUGGUAACUUACCUUUACUUGUGGCACCAAUGCCAGCACUGCCACACGGUGUAGCAGUAACUGCAGCACCAUUAAACUUACCACCUCCACCACCAAAUAUCAGCAACAACUUACGUGAUCAACGAAUUUUCUCACCUCCGCUUUCGCAGCCGCAAACAAACCAAACGCAUCGCUUAUAUGACAGUUUUCCAGCUAAUGCACUACCAGUGCCGCAUCCAGCUUUAGUCAAUGGCUGUUAUCCUAUGCCUCGUUUGCCACUCACCACAGUCAUGUUAACCCAACAACAAGCGUCGCCCGCUUCACCAAACGCCACCACUACACCUCCACAAAGUCAACCGAAAAAAUCAUUUUGCAUUGAUGCUCUAUUAGCAAAGAAUCAAAAUGUUAAUGAGACACAGGACAAUGCACAUGUAAAAAGCGAUGCUGCCAUUGACGAAAGAUUGUCCGCUUAUUCGCACGUUGACUUGAAUGCUAUUAGCAUGAGUGAGCAAGAAGCAAUGCAGAGAAUACGUGAAUCGCGUGAAUACGAUACGCCUAGUCCCGACGGCAUGUCAAGAUCGGAAUCUCCAACCUCAUCGCAUCGUUCUAGUCCGCCUAUAAGUCCCGGUUGUGAAGAUCAACAUCAUAUGGGCAUGCGUAUGGAUUUUCAUGAUGAAUUCAAAAAACCUAUACCACCACAUAGUCCAAUUAGGCCUCAAGACUUUCCUUUAUAUGCUGGUGGACAUCCUUAUCAAUUACUAGCUCAAGGUGGUUCUGCAUUUCAUCGCCCACUGGAUCCAUCAGGAAAACCCAUACCGAUUCCGAUGGGUCAUAAUUUUAUGCCUUCCCACCUGCAGUUUGAAUUUUUAGCACGUGCUGGUAUGCUACACCAUCGAAUACCCGAAUUAGCCGCCUAUCCUCAUCAUGCCAUACUAGGUAAAACCCGUCGGCCACGUACAGCAUUUACCUCACAACAAUUACUAGAACUUGAGAAACAAUUUAAGCAGAAUAAAUAUUUAUCCCGCCCUAAACGUUUCGAGGUAGCUAGUGGUCUGAUGCUUUCUGAAACGCAAGUAAAAAUAUGGUUUCAAAAUCGACGCAUGAAAUGGAAACGAUCCAAAAAGGCUCAACAAGAAGCUAAAGAACGUGCCAAACAACAACAACAACAAAGCUCCAAUGGAGCUGCCAGUUAGUAAUUGUCUUCAGUCCAUAUAGUACUUACCGACUAAUUGAAGUAAGUUGAGUACUAAGAUACAUCCAAAGGCAAUUGUUAUUCUAGUCAAAACAGCGCUUUAAGUAGUCUAUACCGAAGCUACCAAACCAUAAGACACAAAGAACCGUGUGAACACACUUUCAGUAGCGGACUUUGUUAUUUGCUUGCUGGUGACACCCUGUAAGUGCUUUAUGCGUAGGUAAUGUGUUAAUUAACGCACUAUUUUAACACGUUUGCAAUUUGUUUAAUUUGGUUUCGUGAUUCUGAGUCGCUGAUGUUGUCAAAUUAAAAUUACGUUUGAAUUUACCAUUUUUAAGGUUUUUUGAGAUUAUG